GGAACUAAAGCCCAUCUGUAUUUGUUUGUGUCGGCUGAAUUAACACACGGACGUGUCACACACUCUAGCCUCCUCCGUCUGAAACAGUUGUGUUGCAGAUGUUUUUAGUUUUUCAGCUGUAAUUUUAUCCUUGUUGUAUCAUUUAUGCACAUACUUCAAUGUCCUGACCUACAAUUAUCUGGAUAUGAUGUUUUGACCAAAUAAGCUGCAUUUAUUAUGACUAAUCGUUAGCUACAGUGCUAGUAGCUAGCAUAAGAAGUAUACAAAAUGCCUAAUGCCAAUACAAGACAGAAGCGGGGGAGACGGCACCGUCGGGCGCCAAGAGAAGACCCAGCCAGGAAUGAGCUGGUGUCCAGGUCAUUAGAGAGUGCACAGCAAUGUCUGUUCAACCAGGACUACGGAACUGCCUUUGUACACUAUCUACUGGUCCUCAAUCUUGCUCCGGUGCUGAAGGACUUUGCUAGAGAAUCCUUCCGGUUCACCCUCUUCAAAUGGGCUGAUGAAUUGGAUUCUUUGGGCCGUAUACAGGACCUCUUUGACUGCUAUGAGCAAGCCCUGGAGCUCUUUCCUGUCGAUGAGGUCAUCAUCAACAGUAUGGGGGAGCACUUGUUCAGAAUGGGAUUCAGGGACGAAGCAGCCAGUCAUUUUCAUAAAGCCUUGAAGCUCAAACCAGACUUCCCAGAGGCCAGGGAGAACUUCUAUCGCGUGGCUAACUGGCUGGUGGAGCGUUGGCACUUCCUGAUGCUGAAUGACCGUAGGAGGAAUCAGAAGUACCAGCAGGCCAUCCAGAAGGCGGUGGAGGGAGGCUGCAACACGAUUCUGGACAUAGGCACUGGCACCGGAAUACUAGGUAUGUGUGCUAAGAAGGCGGGGGCUUCUGAAGUGUAUGCUUGUGAGCUGUCUAAGACCAUGUACGAUCUGGCCUGUGAGGUGGUCGCUGCUAAUGGCAUGAACGGACACAUCAAGAUACUCCACAUGAAGUCGCUAGAGAUGGAGGUGCCCAAGGACAUCCCUAGGCGGGUGUCGUUGGUGGUGACCGAGACGGUUGAUGCGGGGCUGUUUGGAGAAGGGAUCAUCGAAAGCCUUAUCCAUGCCUGGAACCACCUGCUUCUGCCUCCACAGAGUUCUGAGGAACAAUCCAGUGGCCCCUCUCUGACAGGCCGGGUAAUCCCUGCUGGGGCUACAGUGUUCGGCAUGGCUAUCCAGUCUCAGGAGAUCCGCCGGCACCAUCGGCUGUGUGUGUCGGAGGUGGGGGGCUUGUCCAUAGCGGCUGCAGGGGAGCUCCACAGCCCAGUUAGCUGUGGAGCUGCCGAUUUGGAUGACUCCACGGAGCCCUACACGACAGAGAGGCUGAGCAGGCUGCCUGGCGGGUACACCCCCCUCACCAAACCUUUCACUGCUCUGGACAUAGACUUCAACAAUGUGCAGGAGCUGGAGGGUCUGAGCUCCAGAGAGGUGCGGAGGGUUCGUCUUCCUGUGACCCAGGGGGGUCUGCUGGACGCGCUGGCUGUGUGGUUCCAGCUCCAUCUGGACCAGGAGAGCAGCUUGUCCACAGGGCCUCAGGAAGACACCUGUUGGGAGCAAGCCAUCUACCCAGUGCAGACCCCACACAAUGUCACACUAGAGCCUGGAGAUGAGCUGAUCGUGGACGUCUCCUGCAGCGAUGCUUACCUGAGGCUCUGCAGUGUCGCCGUACUGAGAGACGGAAUUGAGCUUAGCCUGGAAGAGCGUCUGAACUCGCCUCACUCUGGUCCUAAUCCCGAUCAGGGCUUGAGCCCAACCUUCAACCCUGAGGCGGAACUCUGCAGUGCCCUAGCCAGCCUCCAGACAGACCACUGCCAGCCCGCAGAGUCCUGUAUGCUUGAGAGCUCAGAGAUGGCUCUCCUCAACAACAAGCCCUACCACGACAGUUUCCGCCAAGCGCUAGCCAAACUCGUAUCCAGCCUGAAGGCUGCCCAGAACCAGGGCGCAGAGGUCAAACCCAACGACCCCUCUGACCCCUUCUACGUCCUCGAUGUGUCCGAAGGCUUCUCCCUGCUCUCACUGAUGGCGGCCAGCCAGGGCCAGGUGAAGGCCUUCAGCUCAGUGGAGAAGAGCCAGCACCAGAAGGUUCUGGGGAGGCUUGCACAGGCCAACGGCGUCCCUGAAAAGGCCCUCGAGUUCUGGCUCAACCAUGUGGAGGAAGACCAGCCCAUGCUCCAGAGACCCUCCAGGGAGAAGCUGUGGAGUGCCAUCAUAUUAGACUGUGUGGAGACCUGUGGACUCAUCAGGCAGAAGCUGAUGGAAAAAGCUUCCCUGGCCAGGUGCCUAUUGGAGGAUGGGGGCCAGAUCUUCCCAGAGCGGAUCUUGGUGUACGGCAUGUUGGUGGAGUCUGACACUCUGCUGCUGGAGAGUGCUGUACAAGGCAAGGAGCCCACACUAGGCUUCAACAUUGCUCCCUUCAUCAAUCAGUUCACUGUCCCUGUUCAUGUGUUUCUGGACUUUUCUACUCUGGAGUGCCGGCAUCUAAGCGAGUCUGUGGAGCUCUUUGUACUGGAUCUCAUGAACACAACCGCCAACUACACAAACCGAGAUGUCAAGGUCCAGGCUACCUCGUCAGGAAGGGUGACGGCCGUCCCCUUCUGGUACCAGAUUCAUCUGGACCGGGACAUCUGCAUCAGCACCUUCAGCCGGGACUCCCACUGGAAACAAGCCGCCGUGGUGCUCCACCAGCCCCUGGAGGUGAGGGCUGGGGACUGGAUACGCCUGGCCGUGCAGCUCCACAAGAGCAGCAUCUCUAUAUCUGCCCAGAUAGAGGAGCGAGAGGGCAGAUCUGUGGCUAUGGACUCUACCAGGGAGUCGACUCCAUAAGGAGAAAGAUGGCAGAGUCAAACAUUGAGGACCGUGCAUCAGUAUGUCAACUCCUGUCAAGUGUUCUCAGGAGAAAUGUCAGUAUUUAGUCGAGUGUCCAACCUGUAUUGAUGAUGUAUGAUAUGUUAAGACAGGGUUUGGGCUAUGGGUUCUACAUAUGUCAAGUCUUAAAGGCCCCAUAGCUAUUUCUAGAGCACUUCCAGAAUCAUGUUCAGGUAUUGCAGUUUGUGUUUUUGUGGUGUGAUUGUUUUUUUGGUCAAAAAUUUCUAUAUGAUGAUUUUGUCAUAGAAUCCUUUGGUUAUGGCUGCAGUAUUUAACAUUUGUUAAAACAUGAUAAUUGAUGUCAAAGAUGGUAAACAAAUACUGAAUAAGGA